AUGGAAUUUGAUACCUGUGUUGGAAGUAACAUCUGCAAAUCAUCAUCUGGAUUGUCCACUGAAGCGGAAUAUUAUCUUGGAUAUUGUAAUGAUCCCACAUAUACCGCUUCGGUUUGCCCCAAACAAUGUGUCGAUCUAGAAACCAAUGGCGGUGGCUCUCUCGGUAUCGUGUACAACGAGACAUCCAGUGAAUGGACUUGCUGUAACGAUACCACAUGCAAGAGCCUCAGCAACCAAGUAUUCGAAGCUCCUGAUCCAUCCUCUUUAUCAGUGAUAGCUUCGCCGACUUCUAGACCUUAUUCUACCUUCUCCAUGUCAUCAGCUUCUCCCUCAAGUACUUCAUCUUCGUCGGCAAUGGCAUCUUCUUCUUCAGGAGCCUCGUUGAUGAUAGGAUCUUCGACCGCAUCAACUACAACGCCAACGUCCUCCUCUUCCUCGUCCCCUUCAUCCUCAAAGAUAAGCUCCGGCGCCACGGCAGGAAUAGGGGUGGCGGCCGCAGCAUUCGCAGUUCUUUUAGGCCUUCUAGCAUAUUUUAUUCUGCGCUCACGGAGACCCAAUCGAAAAUCAAAUCAGGAGAUGAAAGAGCAAUACACGAAGCCAGAACUGUCAGAUGAAAUGGGAAGUAGAGGAAAUCAAGGAAUUGAAGUAGUACCAAUAGAACAUCAUGCAGCGAAUGCCAGGAUAGAGAUGGGCGACGUAUGA